CACUGUCCCGCGCUCCUCACCAAAACUGCCUUUUCCUCACCCGCUUUUCGAACUGCACACUCGUCGGUCGUCUUCCUCCAGCCUUUUUCUCUCUCCCUAUUUAUGAAAACGUCACUUCAAGUCCCUCCCUUUUUUGAAUCUCAUUAGUUUCUUGUGUGUUUCUCCCUGUCAAUAAUCCUGAAUCCAGACUCUCUCUAUUUCCAUCCCUCUCUAUCUGUCAAUCAGCGCCGCCUUUGAACUGAAAACCACUCCGACCAACUUCAACUCACUCAAUCCGAGCGGCUCAGCUCCAUCUCCGGCUUCUUUUUCUGCCAAGGUUCCCCUCUUUUUAGUUUGUAUAAACCGCCAGUGCUUGGAAAACGCCAAUACAGACUCUAAACUUUAACUCGGAUUCUAGAUCACCAAGAUCAAGGGUUUAAAACUUUGUGUUUUUGCCCCCCAAAAUUGCUCGGGAAAAUGCCGCAGCUCAACGGCGGUGGAGGGGACGAUUUGGGUGCGAACGAUGAAAUGAUUUCCUUCAAAGACGAAGGGGAGCAGGAUGAAAAAAUUUCGGAGAACUUAUCGGCAGAAAGGGAUUUAGCAGAUGUCAAAUCUUCUCUUGUAAAUGAAUCAGAAACAAAUCAAAACAGCUCGUCAGAUUCGGAGGCGGAAAGACGGCCUCCGCCUAGGUCUGAAACUUUCAGAGACAAAACAAGAGAAAGUUUAGAGGAGGCUGCGAAAAGGCAAGAUGGAGGGCUGUUCAAGAGCCCACCGUACCCGGGCUAUCCAUUUAUAAUGAUCCCCGAUCUUACAAGCCCGUACCUUCCGAAUGGAUCACUUUCUCCAACAGCUCGCACAUACCUACAGAUGAAAUGGCCUUUGCUAGAUGUUAACCACGGAAGUCUUCAAAGUAGACAAGCACUUAAAGAUGCCCGGUCCCCGUCACCAGCACACAUUGUUGGGCCCUUCUGCUUGGAAUUCCCCGGACAGUCAGAUCUGAGCCUUCACCAAUUUCAGUUGUCUAAUAAAGUCCCAGUGGUACAGCACCCUCACCACGUGCACCCGCUCACGCCUCUGAUCACCUACAGCAAUGAGCACUUCACACCGGGCAACCCCCCUCCGCACCUACAGGGAGACGUGGACCCCAAAACAGGAAUUCCAAGGCCUCCACAACACCCAGACAUAUCUCCCUAUUACCCUCUAUCGCCUGGCUCUGUAGGGCAGCUCCCCCAUCCGCUAGGCUGGUUAGUACCACAGCAAGGUCAACCUGUUUACCCAAUCACAACAGGGGGUUUUAGACACCCCUACCCGACUGCACUCACUGUCAAUGCAUCCAUGCAAAGUUUUCUGUCCUCCAGGUUCCCUCACCACAUGGUCCCCCCUCACCACAGUUUGCACCAGACUGGCAUCCCCCACCCUGCCAUCGUCACGCCCAACGUCAAGCAGGAGUCCUCCCACAGCGACAUAGGCCUCAACAGCUCUACUAUACUGUACACACUCCACAGGAAACACCAGGACUCGAAAAAGGAGGAUGAGAAGAAGAAGCAGCCCCACAUAAAGAAGCCGCUGAACGCCUUCAUGCUCUACAUGAAGGAGAUGAGGGCCAAGGUGGUGGCCGAGUGCACGUUGAAAGAGAGCGCUGCCAUCAACCAGAUCCUGGGACGAAGGUGGCAUGCCCUAACACGAGAGGAGCAGGCGAAAUACUACGAGCUGGCCCGGAAAGAGCGACAGCUUCACAUGCAGCUCUACCCAGGCUGGUCAGCACGAGAUAACUAUGCGGGUAACCAACAGGGCAAAAAGAAGAAGAGAAAAAGGGAUAAGCAGCCAGGAGAGGGCAAUGAACACAGAGAAUAUUUUCCAAACCCUUGCCUUUCACUCCCUCCGAUUACAGAUGCAAAUACCCCAAAGAAGUGUCGUGCCUUGUUCGGGCUUGACCAGCUGAGUUUAUGGUGCAAACCAUGCAGGAGAAAAAAAAAGUGCAUUCGCUACAUCCAAGGUGAAGGCAGCUGUGCCAGUCCUCCCUCUUCGGACGGAAGCUUACUAGACUCCCCCCCAUCCUCCCCCUCCUCGGUGGCCCCCUCCCCCUCCUCGAAAGAGUCCAAACCUCAGACUGAACAAAUGCAACCUCUCUCACUGACUAUGAAACCGGCCCACCAGCCUCUCCACCACCCGCACCUCCUGGCUGGGCAUCCUCCUACGCCAUCUUUGGUUCUGCUGGAAAACUCUGCUGCUGCAGCGGGUAAAAUGCCUGGCGCAGCCCACAAUGGAGCCCAUGACCACGGCAAUGUCUCGUCCUCGCGGCAACCGGGCUCCUCAGGCGCCUCCCUGGCCAGGCCCUCGGCAGCAUCGCUGUGUCAUUCCCACUCGCUACACCCCAACUCCACGGCCCCUCAGCCUCUGUCGCUCGUGACCAAGUCUAUAGAGUAGCCUCCCUCCUUAUUCACUCCUGUCCUUCCUUCCUAAUUUUCUAGCUCUGCACACCUCUAUUUGGGCCCUCUUUCUUUUCUAUCUUUUUGUCUAUUUCUGUGCCAUAAGGCUUUGAAAAUUAGUUAUUGUUUUAUCAAAGUUCAUUGGUCAAUAUUUGACCCAUCAUUAUCAAAAAAUAUAUAUAAUUAUUAUAAUGAAUGAAUAAUACAAAGAGCUGUAGAGUAUAGCUUUGGGAAUUUGCCAACAUUUUCUUAACUUUUUAUUUUUAUUAUUUUUUAUUUUGUAGUGUUAAACAGUGCAACAGAAAAUUGUUAUGUAGUUCCACUUAAACAUGUUUAAAUGACAGAUAUAAAAAGGUAGGUUAGAUGAUUAUUCAAUGAGCCCUUUUCUUGAAAGAGUUGGUUCUCCUUCAUUAUUUGUAUUAAAUACGAGCUUGCGAACCAAUCAUUUGACACCCGUACAAACCCUGGAGGGCAUGAGGAUCGUGGAGACACCUCUCUUACUGAGGAACAACUUUAAUUGUGAUGUUACUUGUUCUUCUUUAAAUGUACAGAAAUAUUGGUGUGUGUGGGGGGGGUAUUGUUUUAAUGUGCAUUGUUCCAUUACGUUGUCUUUUUUGUUGUUGUUUACCUUUGGGGGUGGAGUCAGGUGGGGUGGUUGGACUUGGAGGGGAGACAGGGGAGGGCUAUUGAGGUGGGUGGGGGGGUUGCGCUAUUCAAUACAAAAUGUCACAACGCUAGGACCAGUAGUAUUUAUUGCUUUAGAGAUUGCUUGUUGUAUCUUGUAUGUUGUCCCUUUUUAAAUAUUUUCUUUUCUUAAUACAUUGUAUAAAUAUUUUUUCUUAACGUAAGCAACUUAUAUAUGAAAUGAUCCAUUUUUACAAGGAGGUUUUAAAGGUAAAUCUUUUUGUUGUUGUUGACAACCUGGAUUCCACCCAAUGUACUGUGUAGAUUUCACGAACAGAGGUAUGCACAACUUCAUUUCAAGAAAUGCGUCUAUAAGCCAUUUUACAAAAGAAGAAAAGAAACUUGAAACACCAAGGGACAGUGGGUACCGUGUCUUCAGUAGUUUGGGAAAGUGUCAAAGCCCUUCUUUUUUAUUGCACAGUCUCAUCUCUACCAGACUGUAGAUUUGUGUACAGAUUUUCCGUGCCAAAUUUUGUGAUAAUUUUCUCUCCCCCCUCUAACCACGCUGUAGGGUUUUUCUGUUGUUGAUUGUUUUUUGUUUUUUAAAACCAUACUUUGCUGUGACGUUACAUAGAUUGCUAUGUAUGUAGUAUAAAUGUUGCUAUAACAAAUGUGUUUGGUAGCAGAUUGUCAAAUAUUACAAUUUAAACUGAUUAAAAAGACGGACAUCAUACUGUAUAAACCCACAAGGGCCAAAUUAUGUAUAUUAGGAGGUUCAUAAAAAACUAUGAAAUAACUACAAAAAAAUACACAAACUGCCACUUUUAAGUACACAGCUACAUAUAGGUAGAUAGAAAAAAUAGGCAUGUUGAUGUUGCAAGAGGCUGUAAAAAAAGCUACAAGAGAAUCAUCCACUCGGUACCAUUGUAGUUGACAUGACGCGACUGUAACCUGUCGAUUUCUUCUCUGGUUUAUUAAGAUGCUAAUGAUGAAUAGUUUGAAUGUUUCCUUAACGGCUGUGAUGUUCCUGUUCUAUUUUAUGCUCUUAUCUUUUGUUUAAUUUUUUGUUUUUUUCCCUGUUAUUUUAAAUGGUUCCAAAACCAUGUUUUUGUAAUGAAUAAAUGUUUAUGCUGUACAGUCUCUGUAGCAUGCAGUUCUGUAUUAAUAAAAGCGACUUAGUAUGUGCAGAUAAA